CCGGUCUGCACUAUUGUUGCACUCUCUCGGAUUGCUUCUCUUCGCGGGGCCAUACAUACAACGGAGGAUGUCAGCUAUCUUAUUUGGACAAUCAUUAACACACCUAGACCUCAUAAGCUGUGUCUGUCCUCGUGGACCUCGUCACCUACAAAUGAAAACAUGCGUGAACGCGUACGUUAUGUCAAUCACUAUCCCAUAGAUGACGAUACGCUAUAAGAAUGGUCGGGAGCAUUCGGUCGCGAGCUCCAACACCCUCAAUUUCUCACAUCCUGCAUGUCACAUUGAGCAAGAUGGCCACACGUGUGUUUGCUCUGAUCAUAGGCAUCGAUAAUUACAAGUCCGGCAACAUCUGGAACCUCCAAUCCUGCGUCGACGAUGCGAAGAACAUCAAGCGUUGGCUAACCCAUGAUCUGCAUGUCCCCCGAGACCAGAUCUGCCUCCUCCUCAACGCCGAAGCAACCAAACGCAAAAUCGAGGAAACGUUCAUGUCUCACCUAGUCAACAAUCCUGCCAUCGAGCCUGGCGAUGCCAUCUUCAUCUACUUCUCUGGACAUGGGAGCCGUGUCCGUGCACCACCUCAUUGGUUCGAGAACGGCCGGGGAGAGGUAGAGGUGCUCUGUCCCUACGACCACGAUACCAGGACCGUCGACGGCCGGAUCGCGGGUAUAUCGGAUCGCUCGCUGUAUGCGAUGAUCGACGUUCUCUGCACAGCGAAGGGAGACAACAUCACGCUGAUGCUCGACACCUGCUUUGCCCUUCCUCGCACCCCGGAAGGGACACGAGAGCGGAUGCACGUCCGCUACACGCCUACCAACAAGGCGUCUCCUGCCGACCUCAUCUCGAGCCUGUGGAAGGGUGCAUCUCUGCACGCCGGCCAAAAAGGCUCUAGCCGCGGCUUCACCUCCACGAGCCGCAGCACGCACGUCACAUUGGCUGCUUGCGGGAGUGGCUCGUCCGCCAUGGAGAGCAAGUUGGGCGGGAACUUCACCAAUGCUCUGAUGACGUUAAAGGACCGCAUGGCCAUUCAUAAACUCACAUAUACCGAUUUGAUCCACGCAGUGUCCGAUAUCAUGGACGAUCACCAGCACGCUAUCUCGCUCGGGAGACACACCGAUCGCAUACCAUUCGACGGCGUCCCUUUCCUCCCUGACGCCCAUUACGUGGCUAUCGACCUCUAUGAUCACGAGAAGGUGCGCGUUGAUGCCGGUGCCAUACAUGGGAUCAUGGAGGGCACCGAGUUCAGCAUCCACCAGCACAACCGACGCGGCUCUCUGAAUCCUGUCCUCGCCACCUACUCUGCGGUCGAGAUCCACCCUACCUGGUGUCUCGCGCGGCGGAAAUCUGCUGCAAAGAACUUUGCCCGCGAAGGAUGGGCGCGGAUCACCCGUUGGAACAACCGUACUCCGUUCCGCGUACACAUCAGGAAGUCUCUGCUCUCCAUCAUCCGGCGGUGUCAUCUCAAGAAACAGAUCACUUCGAACGCUGAGAAGGCCGCGUCGCAGCAUGGAAUGAACAUACUUCGCGUGAAGAGCGCCACACAGGCGGAUAUCUCUGUCAAAUUGCGCCGCCGCGAGCUCGUCGUGGAGAGGCACGACCCGAUGAUAUCCUCGAACUGCCGGCACAUCAUCCAGCUCCCGAGCAAGCGCACGAACAGUGACCUGCGGAUCAUACAUGAUGCCGCACGUUUCCAUCUGCAUCUUCACAGGAAAAACCCGGCGCGUCCUUUGCUCGGUCGUGUGACCAUGGAGCUCUAUCGCCUGGAUGCGUCGACAUGGACGCGCACGAGUGGUAACCUCCUCGUUAACGGCAAGGCGGAGAUCGUCGAUGACGGGAAGAACUCGAUAUAUGCAGUCGUGAUACAUAACUACUCGGACCACGAUCUCUGGCCAUACCUCGCGUACAUGGAUGCGAGCGGAUACGGCAUCAACAUGGUGUACCAUCCCGAUUCUGCUGCCGUCUCCAACCCACCUCUGCGCAGACAUGACCACCUAGUCAUUGGUUCUGACACCGCAGACUCGGAGGCGCUCACCUUCUCGCUCGUUGAUGGGGCGGAUACUGGGGCUGGCUUUCUGAAACUGUUCGUGUCCUCCGUGCCUACGCCGAUGACGUUCAUCGAACAGGGAGUGCCCAGCCCAAUCACUCCGACGCUAUCGAGGAGCGGCCGUUCCCCACCUUCGUCGUCUGAAACGGAGAUCUGGGAUUCUGUCGUCGCCUGUGUGACUGUCAUUCGGAAGUCCGAGAAAGACAGUUGACAAACAGUCUUUGUUUCUUUUCCGAAUCACCGCCCAUUCUACAGCCGAAGUGAUGAUUUAUGCAUUAUUUGCAAAUACUAUUAUGAUACUACUCGGACAUUGUCGAGACACUACAGUAUUGCCAUGCUGUUUCUGAUGUAUGAAGGGUGCACAUAUGAAUAUGAUCGUUAUAAUAUGC